UAUACUAGUAGAAAAUCCAUUUAUGUGUAUACACACGGCCAAGAUAUAUGAGGAUGUGCAUUUGUAAUAUUAUUUCCUCUUAAGAGUAGGCGUGCCGUGCGACGGUGUAAUGGCAUAUCGCUUUCAUUGUCAAAUUUUAAAUAUAUGUAUAUACUUUAUGUGAGGAAAUAUUCUCAUGUGUAAUGCAGCCAAUAUGGAUGGUGGUACAGAGCAGCCGUCUAGCCUGCAGUCAAUCUGUCAUGUUCGGGCAUGUGAACUAUACCCAAAACGAACCCUUCAGGCUGAUGAUGCCCAUUUGUCAGUGCCAUUUGUACCUGUGUGUGGUGAAGGUGUUGAGUUCCUUGGACCUACUGCUGAUGGCAUGUUAGCCCUUUCCAACUAUCGGCUGCAUCUUCUGCUUAAAGAUACAUAUUACAGUAUACCCCUGGGGUUGAUAGAAGUCAUAGAAAUUAAGGACAUCUUCUGUCUACAUGUGGGCUGCAAGGAUGGACGCUUACUCAGAUGUACAUUCACCACAAAUGAGCACUGUCUUGAUUGGUUCCGACGACUUCACAAGGCAACAAUAUCUCCUUCCAACAUUGAGGACUUGUUUGCCUUUGCAUUCAUGGCUUGGUCAAGUGAGGAGGGUGGUGAAGAAGUCACUGCCCGUCUUGGGGGCAGCAGAGAUGCUGUGACGGGCGUGCCAUCUUUCCAUUCAGAGGUGGAACGCCUCAGGUUCGAUGUGCAUGGUGCCUGGCGCAUUUCACAGGCCAACAUAGACUAUCGACUGUGUUCAUCGUAUCCUCGGCUGUUGCUUGUCCCAGCGUGCAUCACGGAUGAGACCCUAGAGACUGCUGCUCGUUAUAGGAGUGCCCAGCGAGUUCCUGCCGUUGUUUGGAGACAUACUGGCAAUGGGGCUGUGAUUGCUCGCUGCAGCCAACCAGAGGUUGGGUGGCUGGGCUGGAGGUCCUCAGCGGACGAAAACUUGCUGAAGGCCAUUGCUGAUGCCUGUGCCUAUGAUCGUGGGCACUGCACCAUGAUGGACCGAGUUGGUACUUGCACACCGACUGCUAGGACGACUGAAGGUGAUGGUGAUGGAAGCAGUGGCAAGAAGGUGCUGAUCAUGGACGCACGUUCGUAUGCAACGGCUGUGGCAAACCGUGCCCGUGGUGGGGGCUGCGAGUGCCCUGAAUACUAUCCAAGCUGUGAGAUCCAGUUCAUGAACCUGGCAAAUAUCCACUCGAUCCGCAGCAGUUUCCAGUCUGUGCGGCAGCUAUGUUCCUCCCCUGCCGAGCUGUCAAAAUGGUUCAGUCAGCUGGAAGGAACCCACUGGCUUCAACACAUGUCUGGCUUACUGCGAGCAGCUGUAACGGUAGUGUCUGCAGUAGAGCAUGAGGAGCGACCGGUUCUUGUACAUUGUUCUGAUGGCUGGGACCGCACACCUCAGAUUGUGGCCCUUGCAGAACUCCUGCUGGACCCUUAUUACCGUACAAUUGAUGGUUUCCAAGUGCUAUGCGAACGCGAGUGGCUAGACUUUGGACACAAGUUUGCUGACCGGUGUGGGCACACAGUGGGAAAGGUUGACCCCAGUGAGCGAUGUCCUGUGUUCCUCCAAUGGUUGGACUGUGUGCAUCAACUGCUGCAUCAGUUCCCCUGCAGUUUCGAGUUCUCACAGGCAUACCUGGUGAAGUUGGCACAACACACAUACUCAAACCUGUUUGGAACGUUCCUGUGCAACACCACACAAGAACGCAUCAGUCUAAAAGUGGCUGAGAGGACAUUCUCAGUGUGGAAGUUCCUUAAGGCUCCAAACUUCAGGAAUCACCUGUACUGUACAUCUCGAGAUCCGGUGUUGUGGCCAUCUUGCAAUGUGCGGGACCUGGUGCUAUGGAGCGAGGUGUACCUUGGUGCAGUGGAGACCAGCCACCAGUCUGUGGCCCCCAGUGUGGGUGCGUCAACGCAGCAGGGUUCAGGUGCUGCUCUGAAUGGAGACCGCAGCGCUGCACACCACACUGGACCCAUUACAUCUCCUGCUCCAGUUGGCAAGACUCGUUCAUAUGAUGACCUGUUGGCUGCAGCUGAUCAUGCCACUCAGAUGCACCGGCGUUCCAGUGAUCCAAGUAUUGCUCUAGAUACCAAAUUCGAUGGUCUCAAAUUAUCCACACACGAUGAUGAGGAGUCGUUCGAAGGUUCACCAGACCGAUUUAUUCCUGCAGUAGAACCAUCUCCCAUGGAGAUCAAUUCACAGCAUGUAGAAGAAGCCUUUUCCUCAGUUCCGAACUGCCAUAGUUUGUCUGAUGAGGGUUUCGGCGAUCCACGGCUUGCUGAUGAUUCAGAAGAUGAUGACAAUGAGGACACAACAACUGAAUCUAGAUCAGAGACAACAAUCUGUGCUGCUGUGAUGUCGAUUGACAACAUGACACCAGUGCCUCAGUCUGUGGACAGUUCUACUGACACUUUGGUGGCAGGUGAUGCAAACGGAUGCAAUGGAGUUGUUAAAGCAGUGGAUAGUGUCAUGUCAACUGAUGAAAUGAACGGUGUUGUACAGUCAGUCCUGGGUGCUAGUCGGGUUGUAGGAAGCCCAACAGUAGAGUCCCCAGGUGGCGACAUGUGCAGGGUUUGUGCCAGUAGCCGACGGUUCUUGGCAGACAAUGUUAGUCGUGCUGAUGGGAGUGCCAGUAGUUCCACUAGUGGCAAGACAUCCCGCUACUCCACCCCACCUCUGUAUUCCCGAACCCCCAGCUCUGGAUAUCCUACAACACCCAGUGAUGAGAGGGCACCACGACACCACUCCUCUGGUCCUACCAGUUACCGCCCAGAUGACCUUGAUGGAUUAGCACCAUUACACAGUGAUGUUCAGUUGCGUCUCCAGCAGAUCAUCACAGAACACAAGGCCAAAGAGGACGCUCUGCAGAGGGAGCUGUACACAACAAGACUGGCACUGAUUCAGCAGGUGUGCCACCAUUGCAACCACACAAAUGCUGAGAGACCUGAUGAUGUUGGAUCGCUGCCAGAGUCAGUGUGCAGUGGGGAGCAGCCCUCAGCUGGAGAGUCUCUCCCCUCUGAUGUGUCAUGGGAAGCUGUGGAAGAGCGUGAGACAGGCCCAACCCUGUGGGUGCCAGACCAUGCUGUGAACCGCUGCAUGGGUUGUGACACGGAGUUCUGGCUUGGCAGACGCAAGCAUCACUGCAGGAACUGCGGGAAGAUCUUUUGUGCUGACUGUUCAGAAAACACUGUGCCCCUGCCAAAUGAGCAGCUGUACGAUCCAGUCCGUGUCUGCAGCGCCUGCUAUUCACUGCUACACAACACAUCAUCACUACUCAAACGCCAGCAGGUUAAUGGGUCAGGCAGUACAAAUGGCUUUCUGGUGAAUGUCGACCCACCAAAACCUUUACCACUGUCAGUGAUGAGUGGAAGUAUGGACAGCUGCAAGCAGCAGGGAACUGACGUGAAGUGUCCAAAACCUGUCGUCACCGCUGCCUCCACUUGAACCAUUGUACAGUACAGAUUGUUUUAUUGGCAUUUGGCUUGGAAACAUAAGAGUGAGAUUUUUAAUUUCUGUUCCUGGUUUUAUAAUAUGUUGAGUUGAAUUUUAAUGACUGUUGGAAACAUCAAGCCAGAAGACUUUUGCCUUUUGUGUUUAAAUACUGAGCUUUGUGACAGUUCCUGCAAUGCUAUAGACAGCUUCUACUUCUCCCCUCUCUUACCACCCCAAAUGGCCGCAAUGUGGGAAUAAAACAGUUAUGCUGUAGUUGGCAUUAAUUAUAAAAAAAGAAUAUGUUUAAAAUGUUUGCUAGUCAUGAUGUAAUAAAUAUUUUGUAAAUUGGUACUAGGUAUAUAGACGUGCCUCCCAGGUUCUCACUCUGUGGCUCUUACACAGCAAUGACAGGGCUUCUCAUUUAGUUACUAUAAGUGAAAGCAUUUCAGUUCAUGUCCAACAUUUCAUGCAGAUUAAAUUUGUUAUUAAAUUCCAACUAUGCAGUGAAGUCAUAUUGAGAAGCCCUGGGAAUGGGGAGUAGUCUCCCGGACGUGAUAUGUACAUAAUAUUGUGUCUUCUGGCUGUGGCUUGGUGUUAACACAAGUUACAACCUUUUUUAAGACUACUGGAGUUGAACACCUCCAACUCUCCCUGUGACACGAAACUGUAUGAUAUGUAGCAAAUAAAACGAGCUCAACCAUCCA